AUGGGUGAGCAUCAAGAGGGUAGUAGGAGCCCUAAUCACAGACAAAAUCGUCCAGACUCCGAUGAGUUACUUAGGACUCUUGCAGAGUCUCAACCUGGGAUUGUGCAGGCACUUGACAGUCAUGCACUGAAUUAUGUAUUCAAUAAGCAAUUUUGUAAGUAUGUGCCUGUAUCCUUUGAUGACAUCCUGAUAUACAGUAGAACCUGGGAGGAGCACAUGAGACAUUUGGAUGAGGUUCUUGGUAUUAUGGAGGCUCAGUCUUUGUUUGCCAAGUUGUCCAAAUGUGAAUUUGGACUUACAGAGAUAUUAUACUUGGGUCACGUGAUUGGUGCAAAUGGAGUGAAGGUUCACCAAGAAAAAAUACAGGCAAUGCUAGAUUGGCCGCCAUCUAGGAAUGUUUCAGAGUUGCGGGGUUUCCUAGGAUUAUGUGCUUAUUACCGGAGGUUUGUGAAGGGGUAUUCACAGCUAGCAGCCCCUUUGACAAAUCUUACAGGGAUGUUGGACAGAUGA